UAGAGUUGUGAAGAUUAAUACACCCUAUACAAUGCCGUUUCAAGCACUCAGCUCAUUGAAAGAGAAGAUCUUCAAUCCAGGCAAAGAAGAGGUGAAGAACACCAUAGGAGACUCCCUGGGUCACCUUCAAAGGAAAAUCGAUGGAAGAAAUGUUGAAGAGGACAACAUAGAACUUAAUGAAGAUGGACAACCGGUACACAUCCCCACCCACUCGCCUCCCAGAUUUGACUGCUACUGCUGUGGACUGCCCAAACGUUACAUCAUUGCCAUUAUGAGUGGGCUGGGAUUUUGUAUUUCCUUUGGAAUUAGAUGUAACCUUGGUGUGGCCAUUGUGGAAAUGGUGAAUAACAAUACUGUUUAUGUGGAUGGAAAACCAGAGAUUCAGGCAGCCCAAUUUAACUGGGAUCCAGAAACUGUUGGAUUGAUCCAUGGUUCAUUUUUUUGGGGAUAUAUUGUCACCCAGAUACCAGGAGGAUUCAUUGCAAACAAGCUUGCUGCCAAUAGGGUAUUUGGUGCUGCUAUUUUUUUAACCUCUGUCCUAAAUAUGCUGAUACCUUCAGCAGCAAAAUCUCAUUAUGGAUGUGUGAUAUCUGUUCGUGUUGUACAAGGACUUGUUGAGGGUGUGACAUACCCAGCAUGCCAUGGAUUGUGGAGUAAAUGGGCACCUCCCUUGGAGAGAAGCAGACUAGCAACCACUUCUUUUUGUGGGUCGUACGCUGGUGCGGUAAUCGCAAUGCCAUUAGCAGGGAUACUUGUACAAUAUAUCGGUUGGUCUUCUGUCUUUUACAUUUAUGGAAUGUUUGGAAUGAUUUGGUACGUGUUCUGGUUGCUGCAUGCCACAGAGAGCCCAGCUGCACACCCUACCAUUACUGCUGAAGAAAGGUCAUACAUUGAGAGCAGCAUUGGAGAAGGCAGUAGCUUAGUUACAACUGGUAAAUUUAAGACACCUUGGAAGAAGUUCUUUACCUCAAUGCCAGUCUAUGCAAUCAUAGUGGCAAAUUUUUGCCGGAGCUGGACAUUUUAUUUAUUGCUGAUCAGCCAACCUGCUUACUUUGAAGAAGUGUUUGGCUUCCCAAUUAGUAAGGUUGGUGUGCUCUCUGCUGUUCCACACAUGGUAAUGACAAUCAUUGUACCCAUUGGAGGACAGUUGGCAGAUAUGCUAAGAAGCAAGCAGAUACUGAGCACCACAACUGUAAGAAAAAUCAUGAACUGUGGAGGGUUUGGAAUGGAGGCCACGCUUCUUCUGGUGGUUGGCUACUCUCAUACUAAAGCCAUUUCAAUUUCCUUUCUCAUCCUUGCUGUAGGAUUCAGUGGUUUUGCUAUAUCAGGUUUUAAUGUCAACCAUUUGGACAUUGCACCAAGAUAUGCCAGCAUUCUCAUGGGGAUAUCUAAUGGUGUUGGAACCUUAUCCGGGAUGGUGUGUCCACUUAUAGUUGGUGCCAUGACAAAGCAUAAGACUCGUGAAGAAUGGCAAAAUGUAUUUCUGAUUGCUGCCAUGGUCCACUACAGUGGGGUUAUCUUUUAUGGCAUUUUUGCUUCAGGAGAUAAACAGGACUGGGCAGAUCCAGAGAGUCUUAGUGAGGAUAAAUGUGGUAUUAUAGACAAUGAUGAACUGGCAGAAGAAACUGAACUGAAUAAUGAAUCCUUCAAUAGUCCAAGUAAAAAGACCAGUUAUGGUGCUACCAUUCAUAGCAAUGAAGUUCGAAAGGCUGGCUGGAGGAAACAGAAAGGUAUGACCCAGGACUAUGAUGAACAGACAUCCUACCACUACGAGAAUGGAAAUUUUCAGGACUCCUAA